AUCACCACAGAGCUCACGGAACCAGAGUUAAGAAACAUGAGCAGGAAAAAGAGAAAUAAUCAGCUCUCUAAGGCUGAUUUGCGUGUAGUUGGAUUUGACUUUAUAGAGUUUCUGGAGGAAAGCGAAAGGAGAUCCAUUACUGAUAGAACACUUCUCAAAGACAUCUACAAUAAUGAGUUCCGACACAGGGAUGGAGUCAGAAGAGACCCAAACUUCUCUUCAGUCCUCUUUGUAUUGAGAAAUUGCAGCAAAGCGCGCAUCACCAGAUCAGGACAUGUUUACUUCAACACCAAUGUCAGAGUGCAGCACGAUCAGUGGUUUAGACCCCGUCGCAGACAGCAAAACCAAGCUACUCCCCCUCUGAGUAAUGGUAGCUCACCGCCACCCGCUAGUGCCCAGGUUCCUGACCCACCAUCAGUGCCAGGGCCAGAAGAUGGAGUUAGAGGAAGGAGAAAACUGUCCAAAGACCUCCUGCGCAGAAUAAACACUACAGAAAAGUGA